UGCUGAUUGAGACUCUAAUUGUGCUCCUUGUUUUUUUUCUUUUUUUUUUUUUUCUUUUUGCGCGGUACUUUUGAAAAACUUCCAACAUGGACCGUGCAGCAGGAUUUGCACUUUUACUGGUUUUGACGGUUGCGCACGUGCGGCUCGGUGACGGUCACACGGACGCGACAGGUGUGCGCGAAGCGGCCGCGGGCGCGUCGCACGCGCCGCUCCGGGACCCGCAGCCGUCCCGGGGGAUCAGUCAAGGUCACUCGCCGAGUUCACCGGGGGACUCCGCAUCCCCCGGGACCCGGACUCUAGCCCGCCUGCCCAGGGGAGGCACGUCCGCCGGGGACGAGGCGCGCGCCGCCGCCGCCGCGUCCCGGGAAGACGUCGCCCAGUGGCCGCGGGACGGAGCGCGGCGCGCCGCCCGCCAGACGCACGGCCAGCAGAGGACCAGGGUGAACCGCAGGCAGAACAGCAAGCCCGGCUCCGCCAGCAGCAGCAGGCGGCUCUCCGGGCCGAACGUCUGCGGAGGUCAGCAGUGCUGCUCCGGCUGGGCCUUGGCUCCGGGAACCAACCGCUGCAUAAAACCGGACUGCCAGCCCCCCUGCCAGAACCGCGGCUCCUGCAGCCGGCCGCACACGUGCGUGUGCCGCUCCGGCUUCCAGGGGCCCCGCUGCGAGGAGGUGGCCCCCGAGCAGGUGUACAUCCGCGACGGGGGCAGCCUGCGGCGCGUCCAUCCCGGCUCCAACCCCUUCCAGAGAGACCAACCGCAGAGGAGGCCGGCGGAGCGGCAUGCCGGCGACGCCACCCGGGCGCAGACCCCGCGACCUGCGACCACCAGGCAGCCUGCGACCCCAGUGAGACGGGGACCCCCCGACGCCUCGCCUCAGCAGACCGGGACCUCCCGCACCGUGAAACGCUAUCCGUCGUCCUCCGCGCCCAUCACCUCCAACGCUCUCCCCAGCAGCAACGGCUAUGCUAACGGACACGGCGGCGAGCACGGGACCUGGCACGGGCACAGGAACGGGCACAGCACGGCGCACUACGCCAACGCCCACAGGCCGGCCGGCGAAAAUCAGCUGCAGGGACAGUUCAACAACGCACUGUCGCCAGCAGGGGCCAACCUCACCUCCAACCUGGACCGCAUAAAGAUCGUCUUCACGCCCAUGAUGUGCCGCCGCGUGUGCAGCGGCGGGCGAUGCUACAACAGCUGCGAGAAGGGAGACAUGACCACGGUCUACAGCGAGACCUCGCACCAGCAGCAGCCCAAGAACCAGGGUUUCCGACUCUUCUUCUGCCAGCUUCCCUGUCUGAACGGCGGCCGUUGCAUUGGAAGAGACCUCUGCUGGUGUCCUUCGAACUCGACGGGGAAGUUCUGCCACCUCCCCGCCCCGCCCCCCGCCCGAUCCAACCCCGCCAGCCACAAGGACGUGGGCCAGAGCAGAGGAAAGCCUCCGUCUCAGUCCAUGUACACUCUGCCGCUGUCCAACCAGCACGUGUCUCUCCACCCGUCCCUGGUGAACGUCCACGUCCAGCACCCCCCGGAGGCCGAGGUCCAGAUCCACCAGGUGGCCCGGGUCCAACCCGGGCAGAGGCCGCCCGCCACGGACGGGGCUCACUCCGUCCAGCAGCGCUCCCAGCCGGGGAACGGCCAGGAGCACGGUGGCGAGCACGGCGCCAAACAGCCACAGCACCAUGGGAACAACGGACACGGCCACGGCCACGGACACGGACACGGACACGGACACGGACACACGACAACGCACGUCCGUCACCAUGGAAACGUUGGGAGAUGCUUCCAGGAGACGGUUGAUGGACAGUGUGGCAAGCCUCUGCCAGGCCUAACCAAACAGGAGGAUUGCUGUGGAAGCGUUGGCUCCUCCUGGGGCCUCAACAAGUGCCAGAAAUGUCCAACAAAACCAGCGUUCGCAGUGAUUGCAAACGGACUGGUGGAGUGCCCCAAAGGAUUCAAACGGCUGAACCUCACACACUGUCACGACAUCAACGAGUGCCUGCUGCCCGGGAUCUGCAAAAACGCCGAGUGUCUCAACACCAAAGGGAGCUACAGGUGCAUAUGCAAACCCGGCUACAUGUUAGACGCCGACAGGAGCCACUGUGUCUCGGACAAGGCCGUGUCGGACCAGCGUGCGCUCUGCUACCGGUCGGUGUCGGCCAGCUCCUGCUCUCUGCCGCUGGUCAAUCACAUCACCAAGCAGAUAUGCUGCUGCAGCCGCGUGGGGAAGGCCUGGGGCUCGGCGUGCGACCGCUGUCCUCUGCCAGGAUCAGAUCAUUUCAAGGAGAUCUGCCCGGCCGGCCACGGAUACACGUACUCUCGCUCCGACGUUCAGAUCUCUCUCAGGCAGCUGGAAAACGAUGAGCUGCAGAGCACGGGAGUGUCGCUGGAGGAGCAGAGUCCCACUUACCCCCAGUCGCCUUCCUCUCAGCCGGCGCCGCCUUACCCCGGCUACCUAGACAUACCCCAACAGCCCGUCUACCCCGAGACGCCGCAGGUGCCCCAGUUCCCUGUGAGUCCUCAGAACCCGUCACACCCGGCCAGGGAGUCGCCGAGAGAGACGGACGAUGUGGAAAGUCUGAGCCCGCCAGCUGUUGUGAUCAACUCAUCGCUGAAAAAUCCAGAUGUUUUUCCCGGCAUCCUGAGCUUUGAUUCAAGGGAAACGAGCUCCAGAGGGUCAGCCACAGGGAUUGACAAGUGUGCCGCCGCCCCCGCCAUCUGUGGCCGUGGGAAAUGUGUCCCCGUGCAGACGGGCUACACUUGCCACUGCGAGCCGGGAUUCAAGCUCAGCGCUCUGCAGACCAACUGCAUUGACGUGAAUGAAUGCGACGAGGAGCCGUGCGAGGGCAAAGGCCGCUGCGUCAACAGCUACGGCUCCUACACCUGUCAGUGCUACAGCGGCUUCAGCCAGGUGAUCACUCACAACAGGAAGUUCUGUCAAGACAUUAAUGAGUGCAGCAUGCCCAACAAGUGCCAGAACGGCAACUGUGUCAACACGGAGGGAUCCUUCACCUGCGAGUGCGACAGCGGCUACGCCAAGUCCUGGAGAGACCUCUGCGAAGAUAUAGACGAGUGCAGAGACCCGAGCUCCUGCUCCAGCGGCGUGUGCGUCAACACGCCGGGAUCCUUCCUGUGCCAGGCCUGCGGCCCGGGGUUCAGGCCUGUCAACGAGAGAUGUUUGGAUGUCAACGAGUGCCUGAACCAGACGGUGUGCGGCCGCGGUAGGUGUGUGAACACCGAGGGCUCCUAUUGGUGCAACUGCUUCCAGGGCUUCAAACUCUCCCCAGACAACGUUUGUCAAGAUGUGGACGAGUGCGCGCUUCCGGGAGUCUGUCUCCACGGCCGCUGCGUCAAUCUGGACGGCACCCACAAAUGCACCUGUAACCAUGGCUACCAAGUCGCCUCGGACAGCAAAUCCUGCGAAGAUGUCAACGAGUGCGCAACCGGCAAUGCCUGCCCAGUGGGAAUUUGCAUCAACACCGCAGGUUCCUACACUUGCCAGAACUGCAGGCCUGGGUUUGGACCGUCUGCCGACGGGCUCAGAUGUGAAGAUGUUGAUGAAUGUGCUCAGGGCGACAUGUGUCGAGGCGGAAUGUGUACAAACACUAAGGGGUCCUACACUUGCACCAGAUGUCAGGCGGGCUACAGAGUGUCCCCAGACCGCCAGACCUGCGAAGAUAUCGACGAGUGCCAGUCCCUGUCCACCUGCGCCAACGGCAUCUGUCUGAACACCGAGGGCUCGUACACCUGUGAGAACUGCCCCACGGGCUACAGAGUGUCGUACGACGGAGAGCUCUGCGAAGACAUUGACGAGUGUGCUGAGUCCGCCGCAUGCCCUGGCGGGACGUGCACCAACACCGAGGGUUCCUUCACCUGCGUCGUCUGCCAGCCCGGCUUCAGGGUCUCCGAGGACGGACAGCGGUGCGAUGAUGUGGACGAAUGCUUGGUGGCUAACGUGUGUCCAGGCCAGCUGUGCGCGAACACGGCGGGAUCUUACACCUGCAGGGGCUGCGGAGACGGUCUCCAACUGUCUGCAGAUGGCCGGCACUGUGAAGAUAUUGAUGAGUGCCAGACGCCAGGUGUUUGCCCCACGGGGGUUUGCACCAACACAGAGGGUUCCUAUUCCUGCAUGGCCUGCGACCCCGGCUUCACAGUGGCACCUGACGGCUUCUCGUGUGAAGAUGUGAACGAGUGCGCGGACGCCAGCUCCUGUCUGGGUGGCGAGUGCACCAACAGCGUGGGCUCCUACAGCUGCUCCUGCCCCUCCGGCCUCCAGCUGCUGGACGGGACGUCCUGCACAGACAUCGACGAGUGUUCGACCGUGGCGGGGCUCUGCGGUGAAGGCGACUGUCUGAACACCGAGGGCUCCUACUCCUGCGCCUGCUCGGACGGAUACGUCCACACAGAUGGAACGCCCGGCUGUCAGGAUGUGGAUGAAUGCCAGCGAGACAGCCCGUGCGUGCACGGAGAGUGCGUCAACACCGCCGGCUCCUACCUGUGCCUGUGCGAGGCCGGCUACCGCUUCAACGAAGACACGGCCGACUGCGAAGACCAGAAUGAGUGCAAGGAGUUCGGGAGCUCGGUGUGCGGCACCUGGCACUGUGAGAACACCAUCGGCUCGUACCGCUGCUUCAUGGGCUGCCAGGCCGGCGUGGAGGGAGCCCCAGACUGCGAUAUCGAUGAGUGCGAAAAUGAGACCAUCUGCGGGAACCACGGCUUCUGCGAGAACACCGACGGAUCCUACCGCUGCCAGUGUGACAAAGGGUACACCAACCCGCCUGACGACUUGACCCAGUGUGUCGACGUGAACGAGUGCGAGCUGAGCCCGGCGCUGUGCAGUGAGGCCCUGUGUGAGAACUUCGACGGCAGCUUCCUGUGCAUCUGCCCCAACAGCGAUGAGGAAUUUGAUCCCAUCACCAGCCAGUGUCGCUCCAUGGGUGACAUGGUGGGUAAGCCCCUCCCGCCGGCCGCCGCCGCCUCCAGCCAGGAGAGGAAGGAGUGCUACUACAACCUGAACGGCGACAACUUCUGCAACAACGUGCUGUCCCGCAACACCACCAAGCAGGAGUGCUGCUGCACGGUGGGGGCGGGCUGGGGGGACAACUGCGAGUUCCACGCCUGUCCGGCCCCUGGACUAGACGAUUAUAACCAGCUGUGCCCUCACGGCAGCGGGCUGCUGCCUCUGCCCGUUUCAGCCGCGACUCAAGGCCUGGGUGACGAGCGGCCGUACAUAGACGCAAACGAGUGCGAGAUGUUCGGCUCGGACAUCUGCAGGAACGGACAGUGCUCCAACCUGUUCUCCACCUACACCUGCUACUGCCGCUCCGGCUUCUACUACGACAACAUCCGGCUGGAGUGCGUGGAUUAUGACGAGUGUGAGUUUGGGAACUCCUGUGAGAACGGAGUGUGUGUGAACACGGCCGGCUCCUUCAACUGCUUCUGCAGCCCUCCGUUAGUCCUGGACAGCACCCGGCGGCGCUGCAUCAGCCUCAACACCACGGAGGAGCCGAUCGAGUCGGACCACGACGUGCACAUGGACAUCUGCUGGCAGCGCCUGGAGGGGGACGUGUGCGCCGAGCCGCUGCAGGGACAGAGGACCACCUACACCGAGUGCUGCUGCCUGUACGGCGUGGCCUGGAGCGGACACUGCGCCUUCUGUCCCCAGAGAGACUCCGACGACUACGCCGUCAUGUGUAACCUUCCCCGGCGCGGCGGCCUGCGGGAGCGGGUCGGGUACGAGUACGGCCUGGAGGGUCCGGAGGACCUGGGAGAACAUCUGGUGCCUCCGUACUGGGACAGCUACGGCGGCGGCGCCGGGCCCUACGACAUCCCCGAGGGCGUUCCCCUCUUCAACGACAACGACUACGGCGUGCAGCAGCCGCCGGCGCGAGUGCCGGUGCAGCGGCCGCGGGAGCCCCGGCCGCUGCCCGUCAGCCCCUACGCCGAGCGCUACGACGGCUUCGAGGGCCUCCGGGCGGAGGAGUGCGGCGUCCUGAACGGCUGCGAGAACGGCCGCUGCGUCCGCGUGCGGGAGGGCUACACCUGCGACUGCUUCGACGGCUACGAGCUCAACCUGGACAAGAUGGCCUGCAUAGACAUCAACGAGUGCGAGGACAUCAGCGACAAGGUGCCGCUGUGCCAGAACGGCCAGUGCUCCAACACGGAGGGCUCGUACCGCUGCACCUGCUCCCCGGGCUUCGUGGCCUCCGCCCAGCCGCACAAGUGCAUCCCGGCCGUCCCCGAGGCGGCGCGCAGGGAGGGGGCCAAGUGAGAGCUACACCUCCCACAGGAACGUCCAGACCCGAUUCCCCACAUUACACACACUCACACACACACACAGACACUACACACACACACACACACACACACACACACAGACACUACACACACACACACACCACAAGAGGACCAGGAACUGUGCAGUUGAAUGUAUCACAUGGGAUUUAGUACUCUCCAGAUAUCCAUUUUGCCUUAAAGGGAUUUUGUGGACUGAUCUGUUUUAUUCAGUAACCCCGGGCAAUUUGAUAUACUUUCCACAAUAUUUUUCUCUGUCACUUUCCUUUUUUUUUUUUUUUUUUUUUCUUACUUUUUUGUGUUAUUUAUUUCAUUUACAUGACGGGCCUCUGCAAAAUGAGAACAAAAACUAUUUCAGAGGGCAGACUCGAUUCCUCCUACUUCCGAGAUGUUGGGGGGGGGGGGGGUGAUAAAUGCAUGAUGGGAAGCAAGGAUAAUAGAUCAGCCAUAUAUCAGCAGUGUUAUCUCCAUCCUUCAGUAAUUAGCUUCGGCCCGGGACAGAGUGGACGAGCAGGGGGAAUUUAUUACACCAUAAAACACUUCAGCAGGAAAACCUUCAGCCUUCAAGGACACUAGUAAAGACUGGAGAUGUACAAAUGCAUCUCAAAGAAGCUGAACCUAAUUGUUUGUCAGUUUUGGUACAUUGAAAGUAUUGGACUAUUUAUGACCGGCAGUUUAAAAACAAUGUAUUCAUCCAUCCAACUUCUCAUUCAGAAACAAACUUUCAUAUUUAUGAUCAAUUUACAGUCACUAAUUUACUUAAAACACUUGUUUUUUUUUUAAACUGUGAGGGGAAAUCUUGUGAAACUGACUCUCACACACAGGGAGAUCAUGCAAACUCCCAACUGGUUUUAUAUCUUAGAGAUAUGCAGAACAGCUUUGAUCCUCGGCUCCAUUUCAACCUGAAAUCUGGAAAUACAGACAAAAAAGUCAGUUGUAUGUGUUGAUAAUGAGAGAUAUUUUCAUGCAUCAGAGUCAAACAGGUAGAAGGAUUCCUCAUUUCUCACCCACAAUGCAUCUGGAUCUCGGCUCUCAUGUCAUCCAUCGCCAUUCCCAUGUGUGCAUCUAUCAGUGCAUGUAAAGACAAAGGCUUCGUUGGAGAGGUUUGGUAUAUUUUGUACAGAUCUAGUACUAUGUAUUAUUUUUGUUACAUAUUCUCUUAAUGGAUUAUAGCACAACUAUUACUUUG